CCAUGUUCACUUACCUGUUUUUUUCUGAACCAGGGAGGAUGAAGCUUCUAAUCUUGGCAGUGCUUUUUGGGCUGAGCUUUGCUCAGUUCAACCCUAACACAAAAAAUGGAAGAACUUCCAUUGUCCACCUGUUUGAGUGGCGCUGGGCUGAUAUUGCUGCAGAGUGUGAGCGAUAUCUUGGACCAAACGGCUUCGGUGGAGUUCAGAUCUCCCCUCCAAGUGAGAGCAUUGUUGUCACAAGCCCCUGGCAUCCUUGGUGGCAGAGAUAUCAACCAAUUGGCUACAAUUUGUGUUCCAGAUCAGGAAAUGAAAAUGAACUGAGAGACAUGAUCACUAGGUGCAACAAUGUUGGGGUGAACAUCUAUGCGGAUGCAGUCAUCAACCAUAUGUGUGGAGCAGGUGGUGGAGCAGGUACACACUCAAGCUGUGGAUCAUAUUUUGAUGCCAACAAAAAGGAUUUUCCCACAGUUCCCUACUCAAAUUUGGACUUCAAUGAUGGCAAAUGCAACACUGGCAGUGGAAACAUUGAGAACUACGGUGAUGUCAAUCAAGUGAGAAACUGUCGUCUGGUUGGUCUUCUGGACCUGGCUUUGGAGAAGGACUAUGUGCGAGGUAAGGUGGCUGGCUUCAUGAACAAGCUGAUAGAUAUGGGUGUUGCUGGAUUUAGAGUGGAUGCCUGCAAGCAUAUGUGGCCUGGUGAUCUUUCUGCUGUUUAUGGCAGUCUCAAUAAUCUCAACACCAACUGGUUUCCCUCUGGCUCCAGGCCUUUCAUCUUUCAGGAGGUUAUUGAUCUAGGUGGGGAGCCCAUCACAUCAAAUGAGUACUUUGGACUUGGAAGGGUUACUGAGUUCAAGUAUGGCGCCAAGCUGGGCAAUGUCAUCCGCAAAUGGAACGGAGAAAAACUGUCCUUCCUCAAGAACUGGGGUGAGGGAUGGGGAAUGAUGCCCACUGACAAAGCCCUGGUGUUUAUUGACAACCACGAUAACCAGAGAGGACAUGGUGCUGGAGGAGCUUCUAUUGUCACAUUCUGGGAUUCUAAACUUUACAAAAUUGCUGUAGCUCUGAUGUUGGCCCACCCGUAUGGAUUUACCAGAGUAAUGUCUAGCUACCGCUGGGAUCGUAACAUUGUGAAUGGACAGGACCAAAAUGACUGGAUUGGACCUCCCAGCAACAGUGAUGGAUCCACUAAGCCCGUGCCCAUCAAUCCUGAUUCUACCUGCGGAGAUGGCUGGGUUUGUGAGCACAGAUGGCGUCAGAUCAAAAACAUGGUGAUCUUCCGUAACGUUGUUAAUGGACAGUCAUUGGCUAACUGGUGGGACAACCAGAACAACCAGAUUGCUUUCAGCCGUGGCAAUCGUGGGUUCAUUGUCAUCAACAAUGAUGACAGUACUCUGGAUGUGACCCUAAACACUGGCAUGCCAGGAGGCACCUACUGUGAUGUUAUCUCUGGACAGAAAGAAGGAGGCAGAUGCACUGGGAAAGAGGUGCAGGUUGGAGGAGAUGGACGUGCUUACUUCAAAAUCAGCAACAUGGAAGAAGACCCAUUUAUUGCCAUCCAUGCUGACUCAAAAUUGUGAAAGUUCAACAGUAUAAACAUUAAAUAUAUGAAAUAUAAUACAUAUGCAGAAAUGACCAAA